AUGUCAGAAGUGAAAACAAAAUCCAAUGAAAGAAGCUCAUCAAGCUCAAAGCAAAAGCGAUACCAAGAAGCAAUUGAUCAAUUUGAUAGUUAUGAAGCCAAAAGAAAUAUAAGAGACAGACUAAACCGUAUUUCUUCUACUCCUGUAUUAUCAGGACUUCCCAAUAUGAAUGACUCAAGUUUCGCAAAAAUCCCAAAACCUAAAAUAUUAACCUUAGAACAAUUUAAACAAAAAGUGACAUUAGGGAAGCUAAAUUCGUCGUUUUCUAUAUCACAAAUGCCAGGAAACUAUGAUAGUCAUAAGCUUGAUAUGAGUUUGACGAAUUCAAAUGAUACAUCAGUUUUAUCUUUAGUGAAACCAAAAGCAAAUAUCAAGAAAAGAAGACUGCCAGGCAUUAUUGAUAAUAAAAUAGACAAAUUAGAGCUAGAAAAAAAAUCAGGAACCAUAACCCAAAUACCCCAACAAAUUAUAAAUAACCCGGUAAUCACAGAUCCAGCAGCAAGAAAGCUUAAACAAGCGGACUCAAAUUUAAUAAUCAAAAGAAAACCUGCAAUGAAGCACAAGCGGACAUCUACCCCUACCAAUAAAGAUUUAAAUCUAAGCCUAAACUCAUCACUAAACCGAACUAUGUCCCCUAAAAAACGAAAGCCAGAUGACGGCACAAGUGGCUACUCAAUAACAGUUCCUCUGCCACAAUUUUUAGAAGAAAACCAGAAAGAAGUGUCUAUAUACGAAAUGACCAAAUUUCUACCAUUAGAGCUAUAUGACCCCAUAUUGGAUCCAGAAACCCCCAGAAAGCUAUUAGAGCAGCUAAAAAUUGAAAGUAAAGAUGGCUUGGUCCAUGCACAUUCUAAAUGAUUUUUUGCUGAUGGGACUUAUGAAUGAAGAGACUGCAUUGCACAGGAAUAUGACGUAGAAAAUGAUAGGUUUAUUAUUAUAUGGCCAUCUGGGAAAAUUAAAAGGGUUUCAAGAAUCAAUCUGAGGUUCCCUUAUGACAAUGAAGAAGAUUAUGAAAAAAGGAUUGACGAAGCCUGAAGGCAUAGAGAAAAUGCUGAAAAGGUGCUGAGAUUUAACUAUAUGGUACAAAUUACCAAAAAGGAUUCUCCAGAUAUGCCACUGAGGAUGCUUAAAAAAAUUAUACAAUUUUUGCAAGGAUUUUCAAAGAAAAAUAAAUUUCAAUUAAGAAAUCCAUUGUUUUAUGCUUUGAUUGACCUUGAAGUAAGGCAUCAGCCAAGACGAUAUCUAUGGAAAAAAGAAAGGACACAUCUUAUUGAUGAGUCUGCAGAAUUCAAGAAAAAAGGAUUUGCAAGCUGUAGCGAAUAUAAAGAAGAUUAUCUUAAAAAACUUCCUGAAAUUGUAAUUUAUUUUUAUUCUAAAAGAAGACAAAUCCCAAAAGAUCAGAUUUUUUCUCUAGUCAGAGAAAUCGAAGAAACUUGGACUUUUGCUUCGAAACAAAUGGAUUUUGAAGCUGACUUACCAUUCAACACACAAAAGCAGGAGCUACUCUCAGGGAUCCUUCCUCCUAGCAAGUUAGUUCCUCCAUCCAAACUUCCUUAUAUUUCGCCAUCUGCAUCACAGCCUCUGCCAAAGCCUAAAAAUUUCUUAAAGCUGCUAGGCUCAAUGAAUGGGCUUUUGCAUCAGUCAUUCCCUGACCAUAUUACAAUUCUCAACAAAAUCAAUACCCAGCUACUAGAACUCGGACCCUUACUCCUAUUCCCAAAAAUCCAGACCAAGCCUCUAAAAUUAGAAAAAUUCGUGAGAGCUCAUAAGCUAGAAUCUAUAAAAUUUUUAAAAGAAGCCAGAAAUGUGAUGUUUGAUGCCCAAUAUGACGUCCAGGAUAUCAUAAAUCAAGCAAACUUACAAAGAAUGAAGAGAAAUGAAGACAAAAUCCAAGCCAGGGCAUAUGAGCAGCAGCAUUUAGAUUUAGAAGAGUGCCUUCCUACUGAAUUUAUACAGCUUAUGCAACGGCUUCUGUCUGUUCUAAAUACACAAAUAGAAAAUAAACUGAGAGAUGUGAUGCUGAAUUCUUUUAAUUUAUUUUUAAAAAGACUAAGUGAGUCUUUAGAUCUACUUCCUGACAGUUUUGAAGACUUAAACGGCGAAGAAUUCAGAAUUUUUAGGAAAAUUAAAGGGAAAUCUCAAGGGUGUAUUAAAUGUGAACUUAUUAUAAUUGACCGCAAAUUUUCAAUUGAGCCUAAUGGUACUGAUUUGCAGGAAAAUAUUAUGGACGUCUUAAAUACAGUCAUUCAGGAUCUUUCACUACUUCCUACUCUUGAAACAACCUUAACAGGGCCAGUUCGGUCUCAUAACUCUCUACAUAUUUUUGAAAUAAACCAAAAAAAGCAUCACAAAAUGAUGGAAAAUAUUAGCAAUGCUCUAAAAAAACAGUUAUAUAUUUUGCAUUGUUUUGAAGUAAUCCUUGAGCCAUAUUCUUAUUGCAUAUCUUUAGAUCCUCAUAAAGUAAGAAAAAGGUUCAGCAAAGAUUUAAAUGUAGACGCUAUUGAAGAUGAAAUUUUUAAAAUGAAAAGAACUGAAAUAGAAAUAGGAGAAUUCUUAGACUCCGGGAUCCUAAAAUUAGGAGUUUGGAGCAUAAAAGUAGCGAACGCCAAAGAAGAAAUCCUAGAAAAAAUCCGCAGAUGUGUAGAUGUCUUACUGUCCUUAAUAGAAGAAGACGUCCAAAAACGAAUGAAUGGCCUGCAAGAACUCCACGAAGAAAGCAUACAAGUGAUUGGACACGAGCCAAGAAACCUAGAAGAGCUUGAUGGGAUGAGAACUUUCCUUAACGUCCAACUCCCAGCCAGACUUGAUUUCAUUAAGCAGGAAUUUGAAACUUUAUUUACAGACAUAGAAGUCCUUGAAGGCUAUCUCCGACAAAUCCCUUGAGAAAUGUUCAAACAAAUGUGAAACUGCUACGGCUACAGAAACCAGCUAGAAACAAUUAAGGACUCCUGCAUGAAAUCAAUAGCAAAAAAUCAAGGCGUUUUUGCACAGCAGCUGAUAAAAGACCAGACAAGCAUGCUCGAAAAAAUUGACCAAAUAGAAGAGGAGUUAAAAGAGCUGAAAAAAGCUGACGAUAUCAUGAAAUUUGAAGACUAUUCCUAUCUGUUUGGGAUCCUUAAAAACCGUAUUCAGAACGCCAAUGAAAAAACUAAAGUUAUUAACUUUAGAGAAGGCCUGGUAGGGGCGAAACCGACUGAUUUUAAACAGCUGGAGCAGGUAAAAAAAGAAUUUAACCCUUAUUGCAAGCUGUGGUUCCAUAUCAGAGAUUUCUUUUAUCAUUCUCCAAAAUGGUAUAAAGGACAUAUGAAUGAGCUUGAUAGAGAAGCUAUAAGUACUGAGCUGUCAACUAUAUUAAAAGAAGUAUUACAGAUGGAAAGGACUGUAUUUAAAGAACACCCACAAGCAUUAAAACUUACCCAGGAACUUCUAAAAAAUGUCAAUGAAUUUAAGCCUUAUUUGCCGAUUAUCAGACAUUUAAGCAAUCCUGGGCUUAGAGAUAGGCAUUGGGCUGAUUUAGAAAAAAGAGCUGGUCUGCAGCUUUCGAGGCAGCUUAAUUUUUCAUUAGAAUGGGCUAUUGAGAAUGGAAUUAUGAAGCACCAAGAAUUAAUUGAAGAAAUCUCAGAACAGGCUACAAGGGAGCAGUCUUUAGAAAACGCCAAAGCAAAAAUGGAAAGCGAUUGGGACAAUGUAAAUUUGCAAAUAAUUCCUUUUAAAGGAAGCUAUAUUCUGGUCAAUAAUGAAGGGAUUUGGGAAAUGCUAGACGAGCAAAUCAUGAAAACUAUUUCUAUGUGCUCUUCACCAUAUAUUGCCUUUAUGGAAAAGGAAAUACUGGUGUGGAAAAAUAAUUUAUUAAGGAUACAAGACGUUCUUGAUGAAUGGGAAAAGCUUCAAAAAAAUUGGCAAUAUUUACAGCCUAUUUUUUUAAGCAAAGAUAUUUCAAAACAGCUACCAAAUGCUGCAUUGAGAUUUAAAAGCAUCAACUCUCAAUGAGAAAACCUUAUGAUUUCAGUCCACUCUAAUCCGCAUGUCCUUGAAACCUGCCUUUCUCACCUAAAACUCCUAGAGCAACUAAAAUAUGCAAAUGACUCCCUUGACGCUAUUUUGAAAUCCUUAAAAGAUUACCUGAAUUCCAAACGAAAAACCUUCCCAAGAUUUUAUUUCUUGUCAAAUGACGAGCUGCUUGUAAUUUUAUCCAACUCUCGUGACAUUCCUUCAGUACAAAAAUAUAUCGUAAAAUGUUUUGAAGGGAUUCGGUCUCUAAUUAUUAAUGAAAAUUUUAUCAUUGGGAUGGACUCACCUGAAGAUGAGAUCGUGAAUUUUUGCAAUCCUAUAGCCUUAUAUGAAGGGGAGGAGCUUAAAAAUAUUGAGUGCUGGCUGCUUGAAGUAGAGCAAGAAAUGAGAAAAUCAUUAAAGAUGAUUUUAGUUGAUAGCGUGCAGGAUUAUUCUCAAGAGAAUCUUAAAGGGUGGACUGAAAAAUGGCCCAGUCAAGUCAUUUAUGCAUGCAGUAUGAUGCUAUGGACAUCUGAUGUAGAAAACGCUAUAAUUACCCGAAAAUUGGCUUUGGCUUUGAGAGAAAAAGAGCAGAGGCUAGAUAUUUUAGUAGAAUUAGUCAGAAGCGAUCUUCCAGCACAAGCUAGAAUGACACUUGGAACUUUAGUCGUAUUGGAUGUGCACUGUAAAGACAUUAUACAAAAUUUGAUUGAAAAUAAAUAUUUUUUUAAUUUUUUUAAAAUAUGAAAAAUAUUUAAAUUUUUCAAUAAAUUCCUAGACCUAAAAUAAAGUAGUCAGCAUUGAAGAAUUCCAAUGAAACUGCCACCUUCGCUAUUAUCUCAACAACAAUUCUAUCGAAGUUAAAAUGCUCGAUACACAAAGAGACUAUGGCUAUGAAUAUCUUGGAAUUCAAAGCCGCUUAGUUAUAACCCCAUUAACAGAUAGAUGCUAUCGAACCCUAAUGUGUGCCCUCCACAUGAGCUUAGGAGGCGCUCCAGAAGGUCCUGCAGGCACAGGAAAAACUGAAACCACCAAAGAUCUAGCCAAAAGCAUGGCCAAAAAAUGUGUAGUCUUCAACUGCUCAGACAGGCUUGACCACGUCUAUAUGGCUAAAUUUUUUACUGGUCUUUGCUAUUGUGGAGCUUGGGCUUGUUUUGACGAAUUUAACAGAAUUGAGCUAGAAGUCUUAUCUGUAAUUGCAGAACAGAUCUUAAGCAUCCAAAUGGCAGUACAAAGAAAAUCACAGGUCUUUGUACUGGACGAAGAAUUAAUAUCAUUAGACCACAGCUGUGCAGUCUUUAUUACUAUGAAUCCAGACUAUGCUGGGAGAUCUCAGCUGCCUGAUAACUUAAAAGCGCUAUUUCGGCCAGUCGCAAUGAUGAUCCCUGACUAUGCAAUGAUUGCUGAAAUUUAUUUAUACUCAUAUGGAUUUCGAGCUGCAAGACCACUCGCAAUAAAGCUUGUGAAUAGUCUGAAAUUGUCAAGUGAACAAUUAAGCACCCAACAUCAUUAUGAUUAUGGAAUGAGAGCUGUUACCACAGUAAUUAGGGCUGCUGGGUAUCAUAAACAGAUAAGCCCUGAUGAAUAUGAAGAAAAAUUGAUCAUGAAAGCAAUAUCUGAGUCAAAUUAUCCGAAAUUUACAGCACAGGAUAGGCCACUUUUCCAGGGAAUACUGCAUGAUUUGUUUCCUAAUUUUGAAGACAAAAUUGUAGAAAAUGCAAAUAUUGGGGAUAGAAUAAAUAUAGCUAUAAUGGAGCUAGGCUUUAUCAAUAAGCCAGAAUUUUCAGAAAAGGUAGUUCAGCUCUAUAACGCUUUACAAAUUCGACAUGGAGUUAUGAUAGUUGGUUCUACCAUGGCAGGAAAAAGCUCAGUGAUUAAAGUCUUAACAAAAUCAGUCAAACUAAAAGAAAGCAUAACAAUUGGAUAUAUAAACCCUAAAGGUUUAACAUUAGAGCAGCUUUACGGAAGCCCUGACCCAGUCACUCAUGAUUGGAAUGAUGGAAUACUUGCAAGAUACAUAAGGAAUUAUUCAGAAAAUACUACCGAUGCACAUCAGUGAAUUGUUUUGGAUGGGCCUGUAGAUGUGCGAUCAAGCACAAUUCGCAACCCGACACCCCCAUCCCCCUACCCCAUACCCCCACCCCCAUAAUUACCAAAACGUAAAAAUUAAUAAUAUGAUAAAUAAUAUUAGAAAUAUCUGUCAAAUAAUAUUAGAAAUAUCUUUUAUUACUGAUUAUUUAGCCAUUUAACUAACUUAUAUUACAUUUAUUUAAGAAUUAUUAUCCAUACUAGCGAAGAUGUCUAUAGGUUUAAAAAUUGCCCAAGCAUAUGUCAAGCAUGUAAUCAGUUUAUAUUCUUAUAUGCAAUAGAAGGAUCAUAGAAGAAUAAGAAAAAGAUAUAAAAUUGAAACAUAAAUGAAUAAGUAUAUAAAUAAUUAGAUAAAUAAGAUGCAUUUAUGUAAAAAGGAUUAAGCAUUCUCGAUCUGCUCAAUGAGGCUGUAUAUAAUUUUUUAUAUAUAUACUUAAUCUGUAUAAACUUUAAACCAAUUUAGAAGCUAACAAAUAUGCAGAAGCAGCACCAAUAAUCUUUACAUGUGAAUAAAUAUAAUAAAUAUGCUUUGCAAAAUAAAUCACCAAAAGGCUUAUGAAAUAAUAUAAAUAAUGAAAAUGAAAAUUCUUAUUUAGAAUUAAUUUGAAAGUAUAUAAAAUGGUGAAUACUCGUAAAAAGGAAAUACAUUUCUCCAGGAAGACCAUGCAAAAGGGUAAAUCCUAAUCCUCCAAAUGAUUCUAAUAUUAAUAGCAAUGAUUUUUGCAGUAUUCCUACAGCGGAAAGAUCUGCAUCAGAUCAAUCAAUUCAAACAGAUCCCUUACCCCUUCCAAUUCCUCAUGAAUUACCCGGAGAAAGUUAUACCAUAAUAAUAAAUGAAGUAUAAAUAUAAAGAAUGAUAAACCAACAAAUUUAAUUAAAAUUAAUAAUUUACAUAUGCAAAUUCAAUCUCAAAAUGAAUACAGCAAUGAGCGGCACUCAUUAGAUCUAUCUUCAAGUAUUUCACUAAGCCAAGAGCAUCCAAUUCUUCCCUAAACCAAGUCACCCAAUAAACUUUAUUCGAAAUUUAUUAAAUUAAUACAACUAUAUUUAUUAGAAUUACAUAUUGUUCCCCUUUUUUGCUAAAAAAAAGAUUAUGAUUUAUUGAUAUAAAUAACCUUUCCAAACUCAUUUUAUUAAAACCUUACCUUAACGUUCAGCAGCAGCUUCACUGCCACAGGCCUUAUGGCCUCUUAAUCAUCAUCUAGCUAUUUUUAUUUGCUUGAGUUCACUACCCCCUUCCGCUUUUUUCAUACCUCUCUGCUCUAUCUAUCAGUAUCCUUGUGUGGAAACCCUUUAUCGCUAUGUCCACCUCCUUAGCCUGCACCCAUUUUCCUUCUUUCCUCAAAUUCCCUAUCAUUUCCUCCAUCUCCCAAUUGUAUAAUGCUACUUUUGCAAGGCCUAAAUUCCCGAAAUUGACCCCAAUACCGUCCAAUCUUUUCGCCAAUCUCUCUUUUUCUGCAUCAUGAUUCUUUUCCUUUCUCCAUUCUACCCUGGCUUUCUCUUUCAAUGUCCCUUUCCUUUUCCACACCAGUGACCGCUUCGUUUCUUGCUUGCCUUUCAUUUUCUUCCAUCUCUUUUGCUUUCAUUUUUGCUUUCCAUUUUGCUGAUUUUCUUGCUCCAAUUUCUGCUUUUCUUUUCUCCUUGUGCUUCACUUCGUGCAAUUCUUUUCCUUUCUUAAUCAUUUUUUCUUUUCCAUAGCUUGGCCCAUUAGCACCUAUAGCUCCUGUUCUGCUCUAAUCUUAAUUUUGUUUUUUUGAUCGACUCUGCAUUGGAGAGUUCUCAUCUCCAACUUGGAAUUCAAUUUUUUGGUUUUUCUUAAGGCGCAUUCACCUUUUUGAUGCCCGUCAUUGUCUUUUAUAAGUAAAGUUUGUUGAUUUAAGGUUGAUACUGUGACUAAGUCAUCGUUUUCGGCAUUUAACUUGUUGGUUUCUGAUGCAAGGCUCAUAUUUUUGUCAAGGUCUUCGAUAAUUCUUUGGUCAGAGCUUUUCGCGGCAACCAAUAGGAUUGGCGCAUUAUUUAAUUUAUCGAGGAUUUGCACAAUUUCGCUAUUAUCUAGCAAUUCUCCUUCAGUUUUUAAUGAUCUCAGUAUCAGAUCUUCAUAAUCUUCUUGUAUAAAAUAUUCUUCACCAGUCUCCCCUCUAUUUUCCAGUGUGUCUUCUCAGUCCGUCAACUCCUCCUCUAAUUCAAGCUCUAUUUCUUGAUCUUCUUUCAUAUUCAUAUUCAUCUUCUUCUUCCUCCUCCUCUUCAUUUAAUCCUUCCAUCAACCCUCUCUCUUCCAAUUCCUUUUCCAAUGCCAAUAUUUCUCCAUCAAUGUAGUCCAAUUCAUCUAAAAUAGUAAUAAUAUCAUCUUGUGGCGCUUGAUAUUUGAAGAAUUCCUCAUCCCUGCUAAAUUCCAAAACUUGCUGAUGCUUAUUCUGGACAGCCUUGAGCCUUGUUAUCCUCCCCAUAUUUCAGCUGAAAAUAAAAGUGUCCAUUUUAUUAAAACAGUAUAGUCAUAAAUAGGAAUGAACUUAAUUUAAGUCUCAGUUCAGCAAAUGCAAAUGUUGACACUUGAGAGUCAAUUGUAAAAUACUUAAGAUAAAGAAUUCAUAAAUAUAAUCAACAUAAUAAAGAUGCAUAAAAAAUUAAUAUCAGUAUUCAUUGCAUUUUACUAUAGCAACAUUUGAUGAAUUAAAAAUGUUAGAAGAUAAAAAUUCAAACAGUCAGAUAAGGGGCAAUGACUCAAGCAAUUUAGAAGAAAUAAAGGAUAGCAAUCAGAUGAGGAUAGAUGAUGCUGGUUCAGAAGAAUCUGAUUGUUUUUCAGACUAUAAUGAUGAAAACCCUUUUAUUGAAGCAUUACCAAAAGAAACUAUAAAGUCCAAUAUAAUAGCUGAAGAUUGCUUAAAUAUUCAGCCCAGCAGAGGUAUAUAUCCCGAUCAAUUUACACUUGUUCCAAUGAAAGAUGACGGAAACUGCUUGUACAGAUCUAUUUCUUAUAUACUUUCAAAAUCUCAAGAAGGCCACAUCAAUAUAAGAAAUAUGAUUGCUGAAGCAAAUGAAGAGAAUUAUGAUAAUCAGGUAUGAAUAAAGUUAUAUAGAAUAUCUGUUUAAAGAAUAUUUGCAGAAACUAUUUAUUAAAAAGAAUAUAUCGAAAAUUACUAGAAGAUUUAAUUGAAAUUUAAAACAAAUGUAGUUUUAAUGAUUACGUGCAAAAAAUGAGAACAAAUGAUUUCUGGGGAGGAGAUCUGGAGUUAUAUGCUGCUGCAGAGUUGUUUGGACUGACCAUAAGAAUUUAUUCAGAUUUUAUGUCUAAUCCCUGAAUUAUAGAGAGUGAUUAUCCUUCAGACAGAGUCUUAAAUUUAUGGCAUAUUCAUAAUAAUCAUUAUGAAGUACUUAUUUAGGAUGGCUUUGAGCUAAAAAAUAUUGCAUUACUUGCUAUUCAAUCUAUCCCAUUAGACAGCAAAGUUUAUAUUGAUACCUUCAGUAUACCUUCUAUUGGUUACAUAAUGAUAAAAAGAGGGGGAAAAAAUAGAUAUCUAAAUUUCAUUGUAUGUUGACUUAUUAUUGGCAUUAAUACUCUACCCCUUUCAAAAUUUAUUAUAUAAUUUAAGAGAGCAAUUUUCUUUGAAAAAAAAAAUUAUUUAAUUUAAUUUAUGAUUAAUUUUAUAAUUAUCAUUUAAGAUUAAUAUUGAAUUAAAAGUAACAUAUUAUUAUGGGGGUGGAGGUGGGGGUCGGGUUGCGAAUUAUACUUGACCAGAUGUGAUUUGGAUUGAAAAUAUGAACACUGUACUAGACGAUAAUAAAAAAUUGUGCUUAAGCAGUGGAGAAAUCAUUAAGCUAACACCAACCAUGAGGCUGCUUUUUGAAGUUGAUGAUCUAUCACAAGCAAGCCCUGCUACUGUUAGUAGAUGUGGGAUGGUUUAUAUGGACCCAAAUGAAACCCUUGGACCUCAUUCUUUAUUAAAAAGAUGGCUAAAUAGCCUUCCGCUUGGAUAUGAUACUAAUUCUUAUGCAGAUUUUUUUGAACUAGCAUUUGAAAAAAUCUUAUUGCCUUGCUUAUUCCUCUCUAUAGGUAAAUUUUUUAAUUUUAUAAAUAUUGACGGAAAACUUGUUUCAGUCAAAAUUUAAAAUAUCUGAUUAUUUAAUUUAAAGGCCUUAUACUUUAAAAUGCAAAAUUUUAAAAUAUAAAUUAAAAUAAUCAUUAUAUAAAUUUUAUAAUAAUUUUUUCUUCAAAAUUUAAAAAAAUCCCAAUUCACGAACAUUAAAAGCAAAACUUAAUUUAAUUUGUAAAAUUUAUGUCUUAAAAAAUACGAGCUGUUUAAAAUUAGAGAGAUUUCAUUAUACUAACUAUCAAUUAUAUAUCAAAACUUUUUUUCAUAAAAAAUGUUUAUAUUAAAACAUUUUUUUGUUCAUUCAUUCACUUACGGAAGGUGGUUUUUUUGGCAAAAAAUAGAAAUUUUUCCAAUGAUUUUGUUUGUUCAGGAGGGGGAGUUAGAGUUUUGGAAAACUGAGCUAAAAUCCAGACAGUCCAUACAAAGCACAUCCUCUUCUGUAGUUUCAAGCUUUUUAAAAAUUUUUGAAUCACUACUGAUCAGAGGCGGAAAAUCUCGUCUUCAGCACGACCAAGAAAUACAAGAAGAAAGACGAAAAGAACAAGAAAAGCUUGACCAGAAAAAAAAUGAAGAAAUUGAAGGAAAUCUUAUCAAUUUAUCCUCAAAAAGAAAAACAAUUAGAAGUGUAAGCAUAAAGCAAGAGGUAACAGCUAGCAUUGCAUCAAGAGAAAAACAACAAAAAGACGAAGAGCACUUAGCAAAUCUAGCAACCUUAGCAGUGGUAUGAAGCCUAGGUGGAACCUGUGACGAAGAUGGCAAAAAAAUGCUAUCUGAAAAACUUAGAGCCGAAAUGGUUAACUGAGGCUACGUAGGGCUGCCUUCAAACCUUUGUGAAUCUUAUUAUAACAAAAACGAAAAAAGAUGGAUCCCAUGGAAAAAUUUGCUAUCUACACUUAUGCUGAAAGAAGAAAAAAAUAUUUUGGUACCGACUGUGCUUACUUUAUCUUAUGAUUAUUUAUUAAAUGAGCUUAUACCUAGAAAAAUACAUAUUUUGAUUACUGGGGAAACUGGGACAGGGAAAAGUGUGAUAAUUAAAGCAUACACAGAAAAGUUAAAUGAAAAAGCUUAUAUGAUUGGGACAACUAUUUUUAGUGCCAGAAGCAGCUCAGACCAGUCUCAGGAAUUUAUAGAGUCUAAGCUUGUUAAGCGGAAAAAAGGCCACUUUGGCCCUGAAGUCGGCAAAAACGGCCUGCUAAUUAUCGAUGACUUGAAUAUGCCUUCUAAAGACUCAUAUGGUGCCCAGCCUGCAAUUGAAGUUCUGCGCCAAGCAAUAGACAGAAACGAGCUUUAUGACAGAAAAACUCUUGAACUCAAAAUUCUUGAAGAUUUAACCUACAUCGGCAUAAUGGGACACCCUGGAGGAGGACGAAACCACAUAUCAUCCAGGUUUUCUUCCCACUUUGUCCUCAUGAAUUUUUCAAACUACGACACCAAUUCUUUAUUUACCAUCAUAAGCACAGCCCUCUCAAGCAGUCUUAACGAGUACGCAAGAGUAAUCGCAGACUCAAUCCCACAAAUAGCCAACGCAAGCAUAAAAGUUUACCUUGAAACUCUACAAACUCUGCCUCCAACACCUAUGAAAUCUCACUACACAUUCAACAUAAGAGAUCUAAUGAACGUUGUCAAAGGGAUCACAGCAGCGCCUCCUCAAAAGCUAUAUAAAGUAGAAACUCUUUACAAAAUUUGGGUCCAUGAGUGCUUACGAGCAUUUUCUGACCGCUUAAUUUGUGACGAUGACCGUAGAAAGUUUAUGUCAUUGGUAAAAAGAAAUCUAAACUUAGGCUUUAAGGUGUAUUAUGAUAAUGCAAUAGAAGCAGAACCAAUAUUUUGCAGCUUUCUUGAUGAUAAAAUAUACCAAGAAGUAUCAAACAUAAAAAGACUUAAAGAUUCGCUUGAAAACUCUUUAGAAGAUUACAACAGUGCGACAACUGCUAAAAUGAAUUUAGUUUUAUUUGACUUUGCAGUAAGGCAUAUAACGAGAAUCAGCAGAGUUUUGACUUGAAACUGCGGAAAUUUGCUACUUAUUGGGGUAGGAGGCAGUGGCAGGCAAAGUUUGACAAAAUUGUGCUCAUUUGUGCUAGAGUAUAAAGUUUUCCAGAUUAAAUUAACGAAAUCUUAUGGGUUUUCUGAUUGGUCAGCUGAUUUAAAACAGCUCAUCAAUAUAUCAGGGGUGGAGUGCAAACAUGUGGUUUUUAUUUUGAGGGAUAAUGAAAUUAUUCAGGAAAGCUUUUUGGAAAGCAUCAAUAAUCUGCUGAACUCUGGACAAGUCCCGAAUUUGUUUACUAAUGAUGAAAUGCAAGGACUGACUGACAAAAUGAGACAAAACAGGGCGUUUAGUUUGAAAAAUGAACAGCAGAAAUGGGAAGCAUUUUUAGAGCUAGUUAAAAAGAACUUGCAUAUUGUACUUUGUAUGUCUCCGAUAGGGGAUACUUUAAAAUCAAGGUUGAGACAGUUUCCAUCUUUAGUUAACUGCUGUACAAUUGACUGGUUUAGUGAGUGACCAUCUGAAGCAUUAUCGGAUGUAGCAGCACACUUUAUGGAAGAGGAAGGAUUUUCUGGAUAUACACAAGGUCUAAAAAACGCUUCCAAAGUCUGUGUAUAUUUCCAUCAAUCAGUAAGAGAACUCUCUCAAGAAUACUUACUCCUAUCCUUGAUCAAUUCUAUUGAAAAUUCUUUAAAGCAGGAAAAUUAAUCCUAUACUCGAUCCAACGAUUUUCAUGAAAUACUCCUGAGCUGCCUCAAAUCUAUCUUUGGUAGUGUUUUAGAGUACUACUCUUAAGCAAUUAUAAUGCGUUUUUUAGAAUAUUUACCAAUAUAUUGCAUACUUUAUCUUCUGUGGCUGACUCAUAAAAUCUUGAUAUAUACAAAAAUUUUAUUAUAAUUUUUUAAAAAUAAUAAGCCAGUUUUAACUAUAAUCCUUGAUCCAACGAUAGUGGGUCAUUUGAUCAAGGAUAGGGAGAUUUACAAGAAUACAGACGAUACAACUACGUCACCCCUACACACUAUCUCCAGCUCCUAAACAACCUCAAAAACCUCUUCCGAAUCAAAGAAGAAACCACUAUAAAGCUAAAAAAUAAAUACUCACAAGGCAUUUAUCAGCUAAACCAAGCCCAGCAGCACGUAGAAAAACUGAGAGAAGAUUUAAUUGCCUUAAAGCCCAUACUUGAGCAAAAAACGGUGGCUGCCGAACAAAUUGUCCAGCAAAUCCAAAAAGAAAAUGAAGACGCUGACCAGACAAGAAUCAUUGUAGAGUCUGAACAACAAGCAUCACAAGAGCAAGCCGCAAAAGCUGAAAGGAUCAAAAAAGAAUGUGAAGAAGCUUUAGCAAUUGCUUUGCCUGAGCUGGAAAGUGCAAUAAAAGCACUGGAUACCUUAAAAAGAGAAGAUUUGAAUUUGGUUAAAACAAUGCAGCACCCUCCUGAUCCGAUUAGACUGACUCUUGAAGCUCUUGCUAUUAUGUGUGGGGAAUCUCCAACAAGGGUAAAAGAUACAAGUGAUAAAAAUAACUAUAUUCUUGACUAUUUUGAGACAGGCAAAAGAAUGCUAAAUAAUCCCAAAUUUAUUAAAAAACUGAAAAAAUUCAAUAGAGACGCUCUUACAGACACUGCGAUUAACCCUCUUACAGAGUAUAUGGACAAUCCCAAAUUCCAGCCAAGCAUGGUCAAAAAUGCUUCAAGUGCAGCAGAAGGUCUCUGUAAAUGAAUAAGGGCUAUGUACAACUUCUACCACGUAAAUAAUGAAGUAAAGCCUAAACAAGAAGCAUUAAAAACAGCUAAAGAAAUAAUGAAAGAAAAACUGCUUCUGCUUAAAGAAAAACAAGAGAAAUUAGACAGAGUGGAAAUGUAUAUAAAGGAACUUAAAGAAAAACUUAUGAUACAAAAUCAAGAAAAAGAAGCCUUGCAGAAUGAGAUCCAGCUCUGUGAAAUUAAGAAAGAAAGAGCUGUUAAAUUGAUAGAAAAACUAGGAGGAGAAAGAGAACGAUGGGGACAAAAAGUAGACGCAUUGUCUAAUGAUAUGAAAAAUCUGUUAGGGGAUAUUUUGCUGUCGGCUGGAGUUGUGUCGUAUAUGGGGCCAUUUAUGUGGAAUUAUAGAGAUCAGUUAAUUAUUUCGAAAUGGAUUCCGUAUGUACAGUCAUCAGCUUUUAUAGACUGCUCAAAGAAUUUUUCGCUGAUAGAAACUGUAGGCGAUCCGAUCAAAAUUCAAAAUUGGACGAUACAUGGGCUUCCAUCUGAUAAAGUGUCAAUAGAAAAUGCGAUAAUUUUGAACCAUUCUACAAAUUGGCCUUUAAUUAUUGACCCACAAGGACAAGCUGCUAAAUGGCUUACAUGCCCCAUUUGCUAGCUAAUUAAACCAUGGAAAUAACCCUUUCAUUAUUGAGCAAAAUUUUUUAUUAAUUACGUAAACUUUUAAAAUCUGAAUAAAAAUUUUUUAUUGAAUUUAAGAGAUAAACUCCUUUUGUGAGCAAAAACAAUAUUGGUUCCUAGCCUGUCAAGUUAGGAAAAUGGUAUAUCAAGGAGAUAAAAAGCUUUUAAGGGUAAAAGUUGGUUCUGAAGACUUUUUAUCUGUAUUAGAAAAUGCGUUGUUUUUAGGAGCUUCUUUGAUUAUUGAAGACACUGGAGAAACACUAGAUCCAAUUUUGGAGUCUGUAUUGCAAAAACAAGUGUUUAUGGAAGAUGGAAUGAAGUCUAUAAAAAUAGGAGAAGUUACUAACUUUUUAAAAUAAAAAAUUAACAAAAAAAAAACUUAAAAAAUCAAUUAAUAAAAUAAUAAAUCAACUAGAGUAAGCAAUACGAUGACGAUUUUGCUUUAUACAUGCUAACUAACCUCCCCAAUCCUCAUUAUACCCCUGAAACUUCAACAAAAGUAACAAUCCUCAACUUCACUAUCACUGAAGAAGGCCUCAGUGAGCAGCUUUUAGCAUUUGUCUGCAGAAAAGAGAUCCCUCGAGACACAGAAGAAAGAAACAGACUAAUAAUCCAAUCAGCAGAGUACAUGAAAAACAUGCAAGCUUUUGAAGACAAAAUCCUUGAAAUGCUUCAAUCUGGUGGAGACACUAUUCUUGAUAAUGAAGAACUCAUCAACUCUUUAACAGAGUCAAAAAAAAUGUCUGAAGAAGUAGAAAGGAAGCUUACGACUGCUAAACAAUCAGAGCACAAAAUUCAGCAAUUCCAAGCAAACUAUGAGCCAGCUGCAGCUUUAAGCUCGGUUUUAUAUUUCUGUGUAGCUGAUUUAGCAAAUUUAGACCCAAUGUAUCAAUUUUCUAUGGAUUGAUUUUUGGCACUGUUUAAAAAGGCUCUGAGUGAAGCUGAAAAAGCGAAAGAAAUUCAUGAUAGAGUUAAACAUAUAGUCUUGAAAUUUAGAGAAAAAUUGUUUCAGACGAUCUGCUCAUCUUUGUGUGAAGAAGAUAUGAUAUAUGGGUAUGAAUUAGUAUUAAUUAUAAGAUAACAACAGAUAAAUAUAUUAGAGAAAAUAGUAACAGUCUUAUUAAUAGUUAUUUUAAAAUAAUUUAAAAAACAAUAAAUUUUUAUUUGUGUUUUUAAUGGCUAUUAGGAUUAUGAAACAUAAUGGAGAAAUAAAUCCUUGGGAAUGGAGAUUUUUCUUAACUGGGAUGUGGAAAAUAGCUGAGGCGAGAGAAAGCCCACUGGAGUUUAUUAGUGAUAAACAAUGGCGAGAAGUUUGUCAGUUAUCUGAAAAAGUUGAAGGGUUUGAAGAGCAUUUGUUGAAACAUAGCAAUGCAUGGAGAAAUUUUGUAAAUUCUGAUAACAAUUGGACAUUUAUCCCUAGCUUUGAAGAAUUUUCUAAGCAAAUUCCUCAUCCUUAUCAAGAGCAAUAAGAAAUAAAAAAUGACGUAGGCGGAAGAAGGACUCCGAAACGCACUCCCUAUGGAGCAGGUAGGGUCCAUCUCUUUGAAGCUGAAAGCAGUGCCUCUGCCACUUUUGACGUGGCCUCGGGCUUGGGGAAGCCUUACCGAAGAGGAGUUUUGUUUCUCUUUCUAAGCUUUUCUGUCCCUGUCAAAUGGACUAGACAGGCUUUACCUUCCAAUUAGUCUUUGUCUAUUGGGACUAGCGGGGUACAGGUAGGAGUUGGCUCUAAAUUAGUAAUGCUAGGCAAAUUUACGUCAGAUAUGCAAGCUAGUAGCUAGUCCAUUAUGGCCUUAUAGCACUUAACUUAUCAAGAGCAGCCAGAUUUCAUGAAACUUUUGAUAUUAAGAGCAGUCAAGCCAGAAUCACUAGGAGUAGCUAUUAAAGCUUUCAUAAAAACUGUAUUAGGAGAAAGCUACUUACAUCCUCCAUUAUUUAGCUUCCAAAACGCUUACAACGAAACUUCCCCUCUAAAGCCCUUAAUUUUUAUCCUCAGCAGCGGAAAUGACCCUCAAGCCUUGAUAAAAAGAUAUACAACAGAGCACGCCAUCUACUUAACCACACUUUCUCUUGGAAAAGGACAAGGCGAAAGAGCUCAAAAAGCAAUUAAAGAGUCCACACAAACAGGAAACUGGGUGCUUCUUCAGAACUGCCAUUUAGCUAUAUCAUGACUUCCUACCCUAGACAGCUUAAUAGAUAAGCUGCAAGUAGAAAACGAAAGAUCGACAGUCCCAAUCAACCCCAGUUUCAGACUAAUUCUGACAAGCAGCCCUACAUCAGAUUUUCCUUCUAAUUUGCUUCAUAGGUGUAUAAAGGCAAGAAGCCAAUCUCCUAAUGGUUUACUGGACAGUAUGGUCAAUACCUACCAAGGGAUCUCUGCUUCUAAAGAAGAAAGCCAAUUUUAUUUUUCCUCAGCAAAGCCUAAUAUAUGGGGAAAAUUAUUUUUUGGGCUUUGCUUUUUCCACUGCGUUAUAAAAGAACGCACAAAAUAUGGAGCAAUUGGAUUUAACAUCCCAUAUGAAUUCAAUGAAAGCGACCUUAGGAUUUCUUCGAGGCAACUUAUGCUUAUGAUCAAUAAUAGCGACAAUAUUCCAUAUGAAGCAUUGAUACAUUUAACUGCAGAGUGCAAUUAUGGAGGACGAGUUACUGAUGAUUGAGAUCGAUAAUUAAAUAUGGUGUUUUGGCAAUGGCCUCCCGGACAUCCAAUAUCGAGCUUAUAUUUAAUCAUAUCCGGCAGGUUUUGCCAACUAAUGGACAGCAAUGCUAGUUAAGCAAUUUUAGAAGUGUGUGGAGCCUAGGCCAAGUCCGCUUUCAGGUUUGAUUUACCACGAAGGAAAUGGAGGAUUUGGAGUUGGAAAGGGGAAGCCCAGCAAGAUCUACAGACAAUUCCUAGAUCAAUCGGCAAAUCUCUGGCGUGAAGCGGGAGUUACGCCCGGGGCUCGAACUUUUUCCUUUUCCCAAAGUCUGCCAGAAAUUCUUUUUUUUGUGUGGAUAGCCUUCGCUCAACCCAAGCAGCAGCCGCAGAAAUCCAUAGUGCAGCCACUCAACAGUGGAACCUCAAGGCAAGGAGAAACGCAAGAUGAAGAGCGAGAUAUUUGAUGUCCCUUAGCUUCAGGGGCGGAUAAAGCAGUAAGAUGGUGUCGAUCAUUUUCUCGAUGUUGGCAUCAUCACAACUGGACUGAAUUUGACCGACAGCGUCUCAAUAGCAUAAACCCUUAAGGGGAUCCGUGGUGACUGCGUUAUCAAUAAGUGGAAGCCAACCUGUAAUUAAUUUUAUUAUGACUGAGAUCGAAGACUUCUAAAAGAAAUUCUUACAUCAUUUUAUAAGCCUGGAAUCUUAGGUGACCAAAAUUUCAGUUUAACUGACCUUGUAGAUGGUUAUCAUCUUCCUUCAGAGCUGAGUUCUCUAGAAUUUAUUUUAGACCACAUUAGGACUUUUCCUGAAAUGGAAAGCCCUGAAGUUUUUGGGCUUCACCCAAAUGCUGAAAUCUCAAGAUCAAGAAACGAAGCCUAUGACCUAUGCAACCGUUUAUUGUCCUUAAAGCCAAGAGCAGUAGAGUCUACAUUUGAAGCAAAGAAAGAACAGUUAUUAUCCUUAUCAGAAAAAAUCAUCAAUAAGCUGAAUAAGAAAUUCGACAUAGAAGAAAUCGAAAAAAAAUACCCAUUGAGCUAUAACGAUACCUUAAAUACUGUUCUCUUACAAGAAGUAGCGAGAUAUAAUAAUCUGCUUGAAUGCAUCAUGAAAUCUCUUGAAGAGCUAAAAAAAGCCCACGAUGGGACUAUUUUAAUUACUGUUGAGCAGGAAUCUUUAGGAGAAAGCAUGCUGAAAAACCAGAUCCCCAAGAAAUGGAAACAAAUUUCCUACCCAACCAAUAAAAAUUUAGUAUCGUGGGUUGAAGAUUUAAACAAAAGGAUCCAGUUUUUUAAUACUUGGAUAUCAGAAGGAAGACCAGCUGUGUUUUGGAUCUCUGGGUUCUUUUUUACUCAGUCCUUUUUAACGUCGAUUUUGCAAGAAUUUGCAAGGCUCAGCAAAAACUCAAUAGAUUCCUUAACAUUUUCUUUUGAUAUUAUAAAAAAUACAGCCCCAGAGCCACCUCAAGUAGGAGCUUAUGUUGAUGGACUUUAUUUAGAAGCCGCAAUGUGGGAUGGUAAUGGACUAGUUGAAUGCUUACCAAGAAUGCUAUAUUCUGAAUUACCAAUUGUAAGUUUUAUUUAGCUAUGACUAAAGCCUGAGGUAAAAUCAGAAAGAAAGACUAAAAAUGACUUUAUUUAUGAAUGCCCAAUGUAUCGAACCCUUACUCGAGCAGGCACAUUAUCCACAACUGGGCAUUCCACAAACUUCAUUAUGCCAGUUUUAUUGCCUUCAUUAUAUAAAAACACCCACUGGGUUAAGCGAGGAACUGCUUUAUUUACUCAGCUUGACGAUUAA